AUUGACAGCAAUCGUCACAAUUUGGGAAUCCCUUUGAUUUGAGUUCAUUGCUGUCGAACCCGGCGCUCAUGAAUAUGGCCACACAGUUGAUGAGUGAUCCAAAUAUGCAGAACUUGAUGGGUGGUUUGAUGUCGGGUGCGAUGCCCGCCGCCAAUAACAACGCCCCGGAAAGCAGCGAAGGGGGCGCCGCUGGUGGUGGCGGACUGGAAGCGCUUUUGCAGGCUGGUCAACAAAUCGCGGCCCAAAUGCAGGCCUCGAAUCCUGAUUUAGUGAAUCAGUUGCGGAAUGUAAUGACAGUCAACCCAAACGCUCCGAAUCCGGACGAAAAUCCAAACCCAGAUGGCAGUGAAGACAAGAAGGAUUAGCCAUUGAGUAGAUGUUAUACAGUAUAUUAAUAAACAAUAUAUAAGUUUAUAUUUCUUUAAAUAAAUUUUAGUAAAAUUUGAUAACCUAUUCCACAAAUACAAAAGCUAUUUCAUCAAACUUGUAAUCAAUUUUUAAAUAAGAAUCCGUUAUUUUAA